CAUGGCCGCCGCUGCAGUACAGAGCCCAAAGUCUAGCUCUCCCUUCCAUAAAGCCUCCAACCAACGCCUCGCUGCAAACUCACCCAUCCCAUCCUCCUCCUCCUCGCGCUCGACACAGUCCCCCGAACUCUCCGCCUCGCCCCCAGAGACGUCAUCCAGGACAUUCCACCGCAUCCGCUCCACGCUCGAGCAGAGCCUGCGCACCGCGACGCGCUCAAAGAAACCCCCACCACAGCCCCCAGCGACCGUCGACGAGUUUGCGACCUUGGGUGUCAAGAGCAGCAGCAAGGGCAAGGGAAAGGAGAGGGAAAGGGAAAGGGUCAGGUUCAAAGAAAAAGAGCGCGAGGAGGCGGCAUCCCCACCUCCGAAGGAAAGAGACAAGCUGAAUGUUCUACGGCGGGUCACUUUCCGGCGGGGCGACCGCGACCGCGACCACCGCGAGUCCACCACCCCCACCCCGUCAGCGACCCCCUCGCCGUCGCCCGUCCCGCCCAGCGAUGCCAGGGACAAGGGGCGCAUGGCAGGCUUCACGAGCUUCCUGACACCCUCUCUGCGACAAGCCUCCAUGUCCUCGCCCGCCCUGCACCUCUCCUCGCAGGCCCUCCCCUCUCCACGCUCCCAGCCGGCCGUCGCAGCCUCCUCCUCCUCGCACGCCGAAGCCCUCGCCUCGCCCGCUCGCCACCGAUCCCGGCGUACCAGCAGUACCCAGCCACCGCAAUCACGCGAGAUCUCGGCGCCUGCCCCCCUGUCCUCUGCCACCACCGCUGCCGAUCCUGCCGCUGUCGUCAGGAAGGGCCACCGAUCGACCAAGUCCUACACUCCUGGCGUCCCAAUUCCCCCCUCUCCUUCGUCCCCCUCGCUGCAGUUCUACCAACACCCGCCGAGGACGCCGACACCGAGCAGUAGUAGCGGUGGUAGGACCUAUAGAGAUCGAGAGCGAGACAGAGAGCCCGCCACGCCCCCCGCCACACCGACACCUCCUCCGCGUUCUCGCUCGAGGACGUUGGUGCCCAACUCCAACUCGAGCAACCCUGCAACACCACGUGCAUCGAGCCCGUCCACCAGCACCAGCACCCGCCCGCUCUCGCCCUCAGCUGCAGCGCGCAUCCGCGUCGUGACGCCUCCUGCUGGGAGGACCCACAGGCUGACCUCGUCGUCGGCCUCGCACCUCCCUUUAUCUUCUCCCGCGGAUGCCACGACCACCCCAGCGACGCCCCGACGUCCUUCCGGUGAACACUCGCGGAGACACAUGGAGACGCCAACGAGACGACCGUCGACGGCAGACAGGCCCUCCUCGAGAGACUCGCCCCUAGGGCACCGACACCGACCUGAGCCACAUCAACAACACCCAUACUCACAACCGCACCAACAUCCAUAUGCACACGCACAACCACCCCCGUCGCCCUCACCCCCGUCGCCCUCGCCCAUCCGCCCCCGGGCCGUAUCUCCCACGCAGCGCUCCUACGCGCAGAAUCGACACUUCAACAUCUCUUCGGGAUCCUUAAUUGCCCCUGCCCUUAACCAAACUCCAGAGCAAGGCUAUAGAGAGCUGAUCCGGACGGCGAGCUCGAUGCUGUGUAGGGAGAUGGCACGCCCCCCGGUGCACGUUGCGCGCACGGAGCAGGGUGUCAGGGAUUGGGAGGAGGUGGAGGUGAGGUUGAGAGGAUUGGCGAGGUUGGAGAGGGUCUGGGGGAAGAGUGGGCUUGGGGCAGGAGGGAGCAGUACGAACUUGAAUGCGAGUGGAAGUGGAGGAGUAGGAGGGGCAGCAGGAACAGGAGGAGAGGAAAGGGAGAGGAAAUUGUUUUGCGAGGCGUUGAGGGAUGGUUAUGUGCUUUGCCGGCUCAUGAACAAACUACGGUCGAGCUCCGUCGUUCGCCCCGACGCGCGUGAGGACGGCUUCGUGCGGACCACCAACGUGACGCGGUUCCUCGCCGCGUGCGCCUCGUACGGGCUGCCGAACGAGGACCUCUUCCAGCGGGACGACCUCAUCGAGGGCACCCCCGAGUCGCUCGCGCGCGUCGCCAAGACCGUCGUUGCCCUCGUACGGUUCGUGGACUCGCCGGCGCCGUCGAGGCUGAGCGACCUCAUGUCGCGCGAUUCGAUGGAUGGUAGUGCAGUCAAGACCCGGCUGGUCGUGCGGGAGGACGGGAAGCCGCCGACGCACUUGCAACUGGGCAACUGCAUCGGACGUGGCCAGUUUGGCUCGGUAUACCGUGCCCUGAACCUCAACACCGGCCAGAUGGUUGCCGUGAAGCGUAUCAGGCUCGAAGGGCUCAAGGAGGAAGAGGUGACGACGUUGAUGCGCGAGGUCGAUCUCGUCAAGAGCUUGUCCCAUCCUAGUAUCGUCAAGUAUGAAGGCAUGGUCAGAGAUGACGACACUCUCAAUAUUAUCCUCGGGUAUGCAGAGAACGGAUCUCUCGGUCAGACCAUCAAGUCCUUUGGGCCCCUCAACGAGCGUCUCGUCGCAGGUUAUGUCGUCAAGAUCCUCGAGGGCCUGCACUACCUGCACACCUCCGACGUCGUGCACUGCGACCUCAAGGCUGCGAACAUCCUGACCACGAAGAACGGCAACGUCAAACUGUCCGACUUUGGCGUCUCGCUCAACCUGCGCGCCAUGGAGCGGGAAAUCAAGGACGUCGCCGGCACUCCCAACUGGAUGGCACCCGAGGUCAUCGAGCUCAAAGGAGCUUCGACAAAGUCGGAUAUCUGGUCCCUUGGCUGCACCGUCAUCGAGCUGCUCACUGGCCGCCCACCGUAUGCCGAGAUCGCCAACAGCAUGUCAGUCAUGUUCCGGAUUGUCGAAGACCCAAUGCCGCCUCUGCCAGAUGGGUGCUCGGAGCUGCUGAAAGAGUUUUUGGAACAGUGUUUUGAUAAGGAUCCAACACAGCGUCCAAGUGCAGAGAUGCUUUGUGAACAUCCGUGGCUGAAGAAGAAUUGGGUUGCGAUGAAGGAACUUCGUCCUCAGGAUAGUAUCCCCUUCCUUCGACGUGUCAGCACCGACCUUCAGAAAGUAGAUGCCCUCCGGCUGCUUUCACAACUGGAGAUACCCGAAAGCCCGGUUUCUGCCUCGCCUGGCAAGCACGAUGAUGUUGGCAAGCCGUCUCCUAACCCUCGUAGGGCAUCUUCCUCUUCGAUGCGACCUGGAGGUGGAGGUGACAAUGACUUCUCGCCUCGCGAACAUUCCUUUGUCAAGACUACUUUUAGUAAAGCGAUGGUCUGCCGCGUCUGCCUUCUGAACGUCAAAAAAAGCGCCGUCCUCUGUUCACAAUGCAGCCUCAUCUCACACUCCAAAUGUGCGCCGAACGCACCACCGACCUGCGACCUGAGAUCCCAGCUCCUCCUCUACGCCCAAUAUGCGGAGAAGGGCAACCCCUUGAGCGCAUACUCCAACCCCGCCGAGAACUCCGAGACGAGCCAGAACGUCGCCAUGUCCGACGUGCCCUUUGUCGAGCACAACACACCACGGACGAGCAUCGACGUGCCCCGCUCGCCGACGAACGCACUGACGCCAGUUGAACACCCACCAACAGCGUUCAAGUUCAUGGCCGCGUUCAAGCGGUCGCGCUCGAACCUCUCCCCAGAGCCCGCCGCUGCCCCCUCCUCGCCUUCCGCCCACACCCACAACAAGGACGCAGAGGAGAAGACGCCGAAGAAGCGGCCCCCACCCCUUGCCCAGCACGCACAGAAACACGUGGAGCGACCGCUGUCGGUGACGAGCACGUCGACAGGACUGAGCAGCCUGCGCAGCGCGGCGACGGCGGCUGAGAGCUUUUCGAGCCGGCAGAACACCGGCACUGGGACGCGGCGCUCGCAGCUCUCGAGCAACGAUGGUCGGCGGCCGUUCUCGACGAGUGCGAUUCCUGACCAUAGCAAGGCGGGUAAGGGCGGCGCUAGGUCGGAGGCUGGGGCCCGGUCGGAGGCGGAUUAUGAGGCAGGAGGGGAGUUCCCUGGUGCGCUGGCGAUGCCUUCUGCGGAUGCACGGAGACAGAAGAAGCGCGGGACGUCGUCAGGGAACUGUACGGUUCAAUG